AUGCCUAAUAAUUCGACGUCCUUCUUCUGUCAAACGGACGGCAUUCCCACUGUACCAAAGAUGCUUUCCUGGAAUGCUGACAUGGAUUGUUGCUCAUGGAAGGGAGUCGUGUGCGAUCAGAUGACAGGUCAUGUGAUUCGCCUUGAACUUGGCUGCUCCCCCAUAAACCCGACCUGCUACUCUUCUGCAGGGUCUUCAAACAGCACUGAACUAUCUACAUUGGAUUCCCUCAAUCUUUCUUCUCUUCACAAAUCAGAAAGGCCAUCAGGGUCAAAUUCCAAUAUGCUGCUUCAAAACCUGACCAUGUUAAGAGUGCUCAUUCUCGAUGGGUUAAACAUGUCUGGCAUUGACCUGAAUCGCUUGAUGAAUCUCUCUCCAUCUCUGGAACUCCUCAGCCUCAGAUAUUGUAAAUUGCGUGGCCAGUUAGCAGCAAACUUUUUCCUUUUGCCAAAGCUGACAUGUCUCAAUUUAUCAGGCAACAAGGAGCUUUCGGGUUACUUACCUGAAUCAUCUUCGAACAGCUCUUUGAAGGUUUUGGACUUGUCCUUUACAGGCUUCUCUGGAGUAUUACCAGAGUCCAUCGGCGACCUGCACUCUUUGGAGAUACUCUGGCUAUGCCAUUGUAAUUUCAAUGGCUCAAUUCCAUCGUCAGUUGGUAACCUAACGCGACUCACUGGAUUGGAUUUCUCAUUCAAUGAGCUUAGUGGUCAGGUUCCUCCGACUCUGUCCAACCUCAAUUGGCUCACUCUGCUCGAUCUUUCCUCCAACAAUUUCAUAGGUCCAAUACCCAAUGUCUUCGACAACAAGACACAACUUCAACGACUGCUUUUCUCACAUAACCACUUCGCGGACCCCAUUCCUCCGAGCAUAAAGAAUCUUUCCAAUCUAGCCCAACUUGACAUUUCCAAUAACCUCAUUCAUGGGUCUAUACCGUCAUCACUGUUCUCUCUUCCAUCCUUGACGAGCCUAGACCUCAGUAACAAUAGGCUCAGUGGUCACAUCGGUGAGUUCCUUGCUGCACCCUCAUUAGACCAUGUUGACCUGAGUGGUAAUCAGUUGGGUGGCUCAAUCCCGAGCUCAAUUUUUCAGCUUGGGAACCUUACUCACUUGAGUAUCUCAGCAAAUAACUUGACCGGUGUUUUAGACCUACGAUUGCUCUCGAGACUUAAAAAUCUGACAGAUCUUGAUCUUUCAGACAACAUUUUGUCACUCAGCAAUAGUGAAAAUGCCGAGCAUGUCUUGCCGAACCUCUCUAAAGUCCGUCUUUCUGGCUGCAAUAUUACUGAAAUCCCUGCAUUCUUGAGAAAUUCUACCAGCGUAGAUUGGAUGGACCUGUCGAGCAAUAAAAUCCAUGGCAAUAUCCCGUCAUGGAUGUGGGAUGUCGGGACUGAGUCACUGUCUUAUCUCAAUAUCUCUCACAACUCCCUCACUAGCUUCAAACAAGUUCCAUGGAAAAAUCUUUUAUUUCUUGACCUGCAUUCGAACUUGAUCCAAGGGCCGGUUCUACCUCCACCACUCCCAAAUUCGGUUCUCUUCUUCUCGCUAGCCAACAAUCAAUUGACUGGCUAUAUCCCUAGUUCUAUUUGUGAAAUGAAGGACCUGCAAUUUCUUGACCUCUCUCGUAACAAUUUCACUGGAACAAUCCCUCAAUGUCUAGGGAACGUCAGCGACAGCCUUUUAGUGUUGGAUCUGCAAGAAAAUGGACUUUCUGGCACAAUCUCACUCACAUUCAGCAAAAAUGCUGUCCUGAGCAGUCUUCACCUCAAUGGAAACAAAUUUGAAGGCCUGUUGCCGCGCUCUCUAAUCAAUUGCAAGCAGCUUGAAGUGCUGGAUCUCGGUGGUAACAAGUUGAACGACACUUUUCCAAGAUGGUUGGAAACACUUCCUAGCCUGCAGGUCUUGGUCUUGCGAUCAAACAGAUUUCACAGCUCCAUAGGCAACCCCGGAACUGAAUUUCCCUUUUCGCAGUUGCGCAUUCUCGACCUUUCCUCCAAUGAGCUCACGGGUCCUUUGCCCAGUGCCUAUUUUGUGAACCUGAAAGCAAUGAUGUCGACUCAUCAGGAUGGAUCGGAGACGCGAUACAUGGAUCAAGGAUCGAUUCCUCAGGGGAACCAAUUCAACACAUUUCAAGCAGAAUCAUAUCGUGGCAACCCAGGACUGUGCGGGUAUCCGUUGUCCAAAACUUGUACUAAUUCGAGGGUGCCAGGGGAGCCUCCUGUCCUGCCUGAAGGCGGGGCACACUCGUUCUUUGCAGAAAUUCUCGAAUCAGGUGCUGUGGAAAUAGGAUUAGCAUGUGGCAUAGUUCUCGGGCUGAUCAUGAGUAAUUUGCGAUAUUUGAGAUCCUUUCUGUGA